UCGACUUUCAUUCUCAUCAUUUUCUUCCUUCCUCGUUCUCCCCGAACAACAACUCCCAACCAAAACCAAACCGAUUCAUCGUAUCAUGGGGAAGAAGGCGGUAAUGAUCGUGUGCGGCGCCGCCGUGGUGACGGUGGCGGCGGCUGUGCUUGUGCGUCAGCGCAUGCGGGGCUGCGGCGAGUGGUCCAAAGCAACCGCCAUCGUCAAGGAGCUGGAGGAGAAGUGUGGGACCCCCAUUUCAAAGCUGAAACAGGUCGCCGACGCCAUGACCGUCGAGAUGCACGCCGGUCUCGCCUCCGAGGGUGGCAGCAAGCUCAAGAUGAUCAUCAGCUACGUCGAUAAUCUCCCCACUGGGAAUGAGAAAGGGUUGUUUUAUGCAUUGGACCUCGGAGGAACAAACUUCCGUGUGCUGCGGGUUCAAUUGGGGGGAAAGGGUCGUGGACUUGUUAAUCAGGAAUUCACAGAGGUGUCAAUUCCAGAAGGUCUGAUGACUGGAACUUCAGAAGCACUGUUUGAAUUCAUUGCAGCAGAACUUGCUAAAUUUGUCGGUAAAGAAGGUCCAGAAUAUCAACUCCCUCCUGGCAGGCAGAGAGAACUAGGUUUUACCUUCUCAUUCCCUGUGCAGCAAACGUCAAUUAAUUCUGGGACUCUAAUUAAGUGGACGAAAGGCUUCUCUAUAGAUGAUACAGUUGGCAGAGAUGUUGUGGCUGAAUUGAGUAAAGCAAUUGAAAAAGAAGGCCUUGAUAUGCGCGUGUCCGCUCUGGUUAAUGACACGGUUGGAACAUUGGCCGGAGGUAUAUACAACAAUAAUGAUGUUGUUGCAGCUGUGAUAUUAGGUACUGGGACAAAUGCAGCAUAUGUUGAACGUGCACAUGCCAUACCAAAAUGGCAUGGCCUUCUACCUAAAUCUGGAGACAUGGUUAUCAACAUGGAGUGGGGCAACUUCAGGUCUGCACAUCUUCCAUUAACGGAUUAUGAUCAUUCAUUGGACACUGAAAGUUUAAAUCCGGGCGAACAGAUUUUUGAGAAGAUAAUUUCUGGAAUGUAUUUGGGAGAAAUCGUUCGCCGAGCUCUUCAUAGGAUCGCUGAAGAGGCUUCCAUAUUUGGUGAUACUGUUCCGCCAAAAUUAAAAGUUCCAUUCAUUUUGAGGACACCUGACAUGUCCGCAAUGCAUCAUGACACUUCAUACGAUCUUAAAGUUGUACGGGACAUAUUGAAGAAUGUAUUGGAGAUAUCAAAUACUUCUCUUAAAGUGAGGAAACUUAUUGUUGAGCUGUGCAAUAUUGUUGCCACACGUGGGGCUCGCCUUGCUGCUGCUGGAAUCUUGGGGGUUCUGAAAAAGCUGGGAAGAGAUGUCUUCAGGGAUGGGGAAAAACAGAAGACAGUUAUAGCAUUAGAUGGUGGAUUGUUUGAGCACUACACUGAAUAUAGUAAGUGCAUGGAGAAUACCUUAAGAGAAUUGCUUGGAGAGGAAGCCGGUGCAUCUAUAGUUAUUGAACACUCUAAUGAUGGUUCUGGAAUUGGAGCUGCCCUUAUUGCCGCUUCUCACUCACAGUACCUUGAAGAUGAUGAGUCCUGAGAUUUUCUCAGGAAACCCGAGCGUUUUAACUUUUUGGCACUCUACUCUUUAUGUUCCGACUAAAAACUCGCAUUUUUUCAUCUUAUUCCUGCACCUUUCUGCUCUGCCCACUUUCACCCCAGGAAUCUUGUGUUUGUGGUGAGUUUUAUUUAGUGGCUUUGCAGAAAGUAAGAGAGUUGAGUUGAUUGUAUAAAAGCAGGACCUGUAAGCGGCCAAUGCUAUACUGCUUCGGCCUGCAAAUUACCAUUUUCCCUUAUGUAAUUCCAUUUUCAUGUCCAAAAUAAUACAAGUAUCGAGAUGCUUCCUUUUUCCGGAAUACUACAUCCUUGUGAUCAAAGCAGUGUAGCAAAGUUCUUUAAUUAGAUCAUACAUUCUCGUGA